AUGGCCGCUCCCUCUAGCCAUCCCGUGGCCAACGAGCCCGCCGACGACCUGGCCCAAGGCAUCAUCCCCACGGCCAAGCAGUCCCUCCGCGAUCUCUUCGUCUGGAAGCAGCGCGUUGUAGUCAGCAACGCCUACGGUGAGACGCGUUGCGAGUGGCAGCAACCCGACAAGUUCAAGAACCCCAUUGCGCUCUUUGCCCAGCUCACCCCCAAGGCCUGGCUCUUCUUCAUCGUCGGCUGGCUCGCCUGGGUCGCCGAUGCCUUCGACUUUCACGCCCUUUCUAUCCAGACAGUCAAGCUCGCCAAGUACUAUGGCCGCACAAAGGCCGACAUUACCACCGCCAUCACCCUGACCUUGCUUUUGCGAUCGGUUGGCGCGGCCGUCUUUGGCCUCGCUGGCGACAAAUGGGGUCGCAAGUGGCCUAUGGUCUUCAACAUGCUAGUGCUCGGCCUCCUACAGAUUGCCACCAUUUACUCGACCAAAUUCUCCCACUUCUUGGCCGUCCGUAGUCUCUUUGGCCUCUUCAUGGGCGGUGUCUAUGGCAAUGCCAUUGCCAUGGCGCUGGAGCAGUGCCCUUCUAACGCUCGCGGUCUGAUGUCUGGAAUUCUGCAACAAGGCUACUCUUUCGGUUACGUCUUGGCGGCAUGCGCCAACCUUGGCGUUGGUGGCGCCGUCGACAGCUGGAAAAUAGUGUUCUGGAUCGGGGCCGGUCUCUCCAUCGCUGUUGGCCUCAUUCGCAUGCUCUUCCCCGAAUCUCAGCAAUUUAUCGAGGCCAAGAAAAGGGGCAAAAAGGCCUCGUCGCCUGGUGCCUUUUGGCGCGAGACGAGGGUGAUGCUGGCCAAGGAGUGGAAGAUGUGCGUCUACUGCAUCUUCCUCAUGACCUGGUUCAACUUCUACUCGCACACCUCACAAGACUCAUACACCACCUUUAUGCUUACCGAAAAGGAGCUUUCCAACAAGGGAGCUUCGCGCGCCUCCAUUAUGAUGAAGGUCGGCGCCUGCGUUGGUGGCACCAUCAUUGGCUACGCGAGCCAGUUUCUCGGCCGCCGCCGCACUAUCAUUGGCUCGGCGCUCAUGUCUGCCAUGCUCAUUCCUGCCUGGAUUCUUCCCCGCGGUGAGGCCUCCCUUAGCGCCUCGGGCUUCUUCAUGCAGUUCUUUGUGCAGGGCGCUUGGGGCGUCAUUCCCAUCCACCUCAACGAGCUGUCCCCCGCUGCCUACCGCUCCACCUUCCCCGGUGUCACAUACCAAAUUGGCAACAUGAUUUCGUCGCCCUCUGCCCAAAUUGUCAAUGCCAUUGCCGAAAAGACCUUUAUUACGCUUAAGAGCGGCCACCGUGUUGAGGCUUACGGCCCUGUCAUGGGAGUUGCCACGGCCAUUAUUGCUCUCGGCAUCAUCUUCUCCACAAUGGUUGGUCCUGAGAAGCGUGGCCGUGCCUUUGAGAACGCUGUGGCCGGUGUUGAGACUGCUUCGUCAGAGAAAACUAGCGCCGAUGAGGAGGAUGUGGAAAAGGCCACGGUCGAGCUUUCCGAGGUGAAGAAGUAG